GCGUAGGGCGUGGGCCGGCUAGUGCGCAUGCGCGCGGACCUUGACUCCCGCUCGCCCUGGGACUUUCUGUCUUUCGGCUGUUGGCCAUGGGCACACCACAGAAGGACGUGACUAUCAAGGCUGAUGCUCCUGGCACCCUGCUGCUGGAGAAACAUGCUGACUAUAUUGCCUCCUACGGGUCAAAGAAAGAUGACUAUGAAUACUGCAUGUCUGAGUACUUGAGAAUGAGCGGCAUCUAUUGGGGCCUGACAGUGAUGGACCUCAUGGGACAGCUUCAUCGCAUGGACAGAGAAGAAAUACUGGUGUUCAUCAAGUCGUGCCAGCAUGAGUGUGGGGGGGUGAGUGCCAGCAUUGGGCACGAUCCCCAUCUGCUGUACACACUCAGUGCUGUCCAGAUUCUUACUCUGUACGAUAGUAUCCAUGUUAUCGAUGUAGACAAAGUUGUGGCGUAUGUACAAAGUCUACAGAAGGAAGAUGGUUCAUUUGCUGGAGACAUUUGGGGAGAAAUUGAUACAAGAUUCUCAUUUUGUGCAGUGGCAACUUUGGCUCUAUUGGGCAAGCUUGAUGCUAUUAAUGUGGAAAAGGCGAUUGAGUUUGUUUUGUCCUGUAUGAACUUUGAUGGUGGAUUUGGGUGCAGGCCAGGCUCUGAAUCUCAUGCUGGACAGAUCUAUUGUUGCACAGGAUUCCUGGCGAUAACUAGUCAGUUGCAUCAAGUGAACUCUGACUUACUUGGUUGGUGGCUUUGUGAACGACAGUUGCCCUCAGGUGGACUCAAUGGAAGACCUGAGAAGUUACCAGAUGUGUGCUAUUCCUGGUGGGUUUUGGCCUCCCUAAAGAUAAUUGGGAGACUUCAUUGGAUUGACAGAGAAAAGCUUCGGAGUUUCAUCUUAGCUUGUCAAGAUGAAGAGACUGGAGGAUUUGCAGACAGGCCAGGAGACAUGGUGGAUCCUUUUCACACCUUGUUUGGCAUUGCUGGACUGUCACUUCUGGGAGAAGAGCAGAUCAAACCUGUUAGCCCUGUGUUCUGCAUGCCUGAAGAAGUGCUUGAGAGGGUGAAUGUGCAGCCUGAACUAGUGAGCUAGAGUCAUAUGGGAAGAUGUCCAAAUGUGUUUGAACUUUAUCAAACCUAAAAGUGACUUAAUAUUUUAUAUGUUAAUGAUAAGUUAUACAAGUAUUGUAAAAUGUUGUAUUUAGAUGUUCUGUGGUGUUCUUAGUACAGUUUUUGUCUAUAUUUGAAGUUUGUUUUUGAUGUCUCUAACAACAAACUUGGAGCUGUUACUGAUCCCUUCCUCUGUCCUGUUGACCUUUAACAAUGAUGGGAAAUGAUUUAAGUGAGGAAAACUCAUGAUUUAAAUAAAAGAUACAUGAAAGUGGA